CACUCAUUCACUCCAAGUCGUCAUCCUCAACUCACUUCUGCACUCUCCUUCAUCAAUGUCGAGUAUCUCAACAACGCUGCAAUUUACUCAUCACCACUCACUGUUCAUGAUACCAACACCGCGCACUUCUUCCUGUUAUGGAUAUCUUUCGCUUAUGACUGUUUAAUCAACCAACCUGCGCCCACCAUGGCCCCAGUUCUUCAAUCUAUCGUUGUGCUUCUUUCCCUAGUCUCCCCAUCAAUCUGUGUUUCUCUUCCAACACCUGAAUCCACCGAAGUCUCACACCACCCUCGACAUGCUCCUCACUUUUCCGACGAUAGACCGAUUGGUGUCUUUCGCAGGCUCCGAAAUGCUGUGAUUGAGAAGAUCUGGUCGCUACCUCCCAAAUCCUCCCACCCACCAUCCUCAGUACAUCUCUCCAAUGCGCCUCAGCACUUUCGCACUCGAUACGGCAAUGAUGUCGUGCUGCGCUUUCGAAUCAGAUCUGCAGACGAGGCCAAAACCCUUGCCGACGCCGCUGCCAUCUUGUUGCUGGAUGUCUGGGAAGGGACCGACGAGUGGGUCGAUAUUAGAGUUGCCAAAGAUAUGCUCCCCUCGCUGAUGGGACUUCUGCCAUCCUCUCUACACGACUCAUAUACCCCUCUUAUGCACGACCUCGCUCAAGCUGUUUUCGACACAUAUCCAACCUCCUCCUCGACAUCUGAACAUGAUCAAGCCUGGGUUUCACCAGUUCCUACUCACAGUUGGAAAUCAACCUCAGGCCCUCCUCAAGAUCUUUUCUUUCACGACUAUCAACCCCUAUCAGUCCUGUACCCGUGGCUGCGUCUGAUUGCCUCUUUAUUCCCCACCCAUGCCGAGCUGAUCAGUAUCGGCAAGUCAGCAGAAGGCCGUGACAUCCCUGCCUUGCGAAUAGGCACACAAAAGGACUAUAUUCCUCAGGGCGACCACGACUCGCGACAAACCCUCGUCAUCUCGGGUGGCUCACAUGCGCGGGAAUGGAUCUCGGUCUCGACCACCUCAUAUAUUGCCUAUAGCCUGGUGACACGCUAUGGCCAUCGAUACCCUCAUGUCACCAAAUUGCUCGAUCAUUUUGACUUGGUGUUUAUUCCUGCUCUGAACCCCGAUGGCUACGAGUACACUUGGACCACCGACAGACUCUGGCGAAAGAACAGACAGUCUACAGACAUCCCCUUCUGCCCUGGGAUCGACAUUGAUAGGUCUUUCGACUUUGGUUGGGACGGCCACACCGGCCGCGACAAUGCUUGCAGUGAUGAUUAUGCGGGCACCGGCCCGCUUGGCGCUGUCGAAGCACGAAUACUGUCAGACUGGGCUCGCAAUCAAACAGAAAACAACAAUGUCACUUUUGUGGCAUACCUCGACCUCCACUCGUACUCGCAAGAGGUGCUGUACCCGUAUAGUUACACGUGCGAUGUGCAACCUCCCAAUCUCGAGGAUCUCGAGGAGGUGGCCAUAGGUCUGGCCAAAUCCUUCCGCCUCACCAACGGCCACUACUAUGGCGUUGAAAGCGCGUGUGAAGGGAGCAUUACCUUUAAAGACAAGGCCACGAGCAAGAGAAUGCAGGGCGAACAAGGCGGAUCCGCGUUGGAUUUCUUCUACCAUGAUCUCCAAACCAAGUUCGCCUACCAAAUCAAACUCCGGGAUACCGGAACGUAUGGAUUCUUACUACCAAGGUCCCAUAUCGUUCCUACCGGAGAAGAGGCCUAUGAAGCUGUCCUUGGACUGGGAAGAUGGCUUCUGGGAAAUCAUGGUAUUGAAAAAUUUGACGACUUGAACGAGGUAUGGGGAACUGAAGAGGCCGGUAUGAAGGAUCAAGAGCAGGGAAUAGUUUCCCAAGAUCCAGUUGAUGUUUAUGACAAGGAGGACGAAGAUAUCGAUCCUCCUUCUUUUGAAUUGCGGAGGCGGCGACGGCGCUGAAAAAUAAGGCAAAUAGGUCACCAACCCACCCUUUGCAUCGACUUGUGCGUUGUCCGUUGGACGCUGAGAAUCCUGUCGGUCUUUGUACAUUUACUCAUGUCCAGUUUUAUGGAAUCGCUUCAAAUGUAGAGCCACAUUGAAUAUAGCAUUUAGUAAUGGGUGCAGAGCUGUGGUUCGCCCUUUCGACCAAAGGGCCUUCGCAGUGAAGAACAGAUGUCAACAUUGAACUCUUAGGCAGGCCGAAUCGAGUCUGGGAUGAUGCGCAGAAGGAGUUGGCUGGUACGGCGCAGUCUGUUCCCGACUUGACCUACGUACGAGUACAUACCAUACGUAGAUGGUGAUCAAGCCGGAUUCUCAUCAGCCUUGAUUGAGUUAUAUCCCUACCAUCAGAAGGC